CCCCCCCCCCCCCCCCCCCCGCCGUCAGCAUGUCAGAUCCGACCGAUGGACGCCCAGUUAAGGCACUGCUCGCACGAGCACACUCUCCUGCAAGCGCCGAGCGCCUCUAUAAAGACAAGAUUGAGCAUCGAAAACUGCAUCUACGAGCUACUUCUCCACCACCAGCCGUUCUGAAUGCCCGAGCAUCUAGACGGAAAGCUAGACAAGCAGCCAAGGACAAGAAGAAACAGCGACCCAAACCUCUGUCGUCGCGGCAACAGCGACAGCUUGGGCUCUAUGAUAUUCCGAAAAGCGGGCAACGAUACGAAGUAUACGCACCUCUAAAUAAACUUUGGCAAGGAUACGCGAGGGAGAUUUUGGGCUCAGACAUCUACAUUGGCGGUGCCCCAGCAGCGGCCAAGCUCUCCAGCGCCGAAUUCCACGGUGCAGAAGCUGAGGUCGUUCGUAGCAGCUGCACAGACCGUGUCGGAAUCAAAGGAAUUAUUGUCCGAGAUCGCAAGUUUGUAUUUGAAAUCUUGACCAUGACCAAAGGACUUAAGAUCGUCCCGAAAGAAGGCACCACCUUCCGCAUCGAAGUUGAAUAUCUGCCUAGGGAGGGCCAGCACGACGAAAGGUUUGCGUUUGAGGUGCUUGGAGACCAAUUAAUUAUCCGGUCUGCGGACAGAGCAAAUCGAAAGUUUAAGCAACACUUUCUGAAGAAUGUGUAGAGGAAUGAUGGGCACAAUACUGCAGGAGAGCUCUGUCUGACGUUAGGGAAGAGCUGCCGCAAGUUCCAGGACCCUUACCAAGUCCUGGGCCACCGUACAAUUGGUAUAAUUAUCUACGAGAACACGAGCUAUUAUGACCCUUUAAUGUCAACCUGUCACUGCCUCCUUCCCCGUAGUGUCUUUCUUAUACUAAGCAGCCGUUAGACUGAGGCUAUUGCAUAGCGACGUGUCUCAACCACGAGCAAUACCUGCUAGUGAAGCAUAACAAUCGCCACUAGUGUACACGCUGCCGAUGCGCUACAAUAUCAUUCGCGUAGCUACUCAGUCGUGGAUAACCAUCUACCAAGGUGAGAGUGUACGGUCUAGUACUAAUGUAUAUUCACGUAGGCACUGCCCUUUGCGUACAGCUAAGCGGAAUUUGCUAGGAAUAACCUUAGACGGCCCAUAUUAUUCAGGCUUCCCAAACCCUGUCUCCAUUUCCCUUCAAACUAAGGGUAGGACUGUCCGGCUAAAAAUCGGGUGACCUGACCCCUUGGG